AUGGAAAUUAAUAAAAAAUUAGAAGAACAUAUUGUUUAUAUUAAAGGAAAUAUUCGUGAUACAGUAGUAAGUUUGUCCAAUCAAAAAACAGUGUGGAAAUAUUUUUCCAAAGAAUGGUGUUUUUAUCAUAAUACAACAAUUAAAUCUAAUACAUCUGAAUAUUGUCCAUUUGGUAAAUUAAUUGGUAAAUUCAAAACACUAAGACAAUUUUGUCAAAUAUGGAAUAUACUUUCAAAUUCUAAACAACAUUAUAGUAAUCAUCAAAUUCAAAUAUUUGUUAAUGGUGUAACUCAUGAAUUUAAUGAAGAAAAUGUAGAAGGAGGAAAAUUUACAGUUGAAAUUGAAAAAGAAUAUAAAGAUGGAUUAUUUCAAUUAAUUAUUGAUGGAGUUAUUUGUAAAACAAUGAAACAUUCAUUUUUAAUUCAAGGAAUUAGUUUAAUUCAACAAGAAAAUAAAUAUAAAAUGAGUUUAUGGGUAUCUUAUCUUGAAGGAGAAGAACAAGCAGAUAUAUUAAAUGAAUUUAAUCUUCUUAUAUUAAAAAGUGGUAGUAAACAAACAGCUCAUUAUUAUUCUCAUUCAUCUUUAUUCUUUAAACCAUCAACUGAAGAAUUACUUACACCAUUAAAUUCAUUAAAAGAAAGUAUCCAACCAAUAUCAUUACCUGAAAUAUUGAAAUUAGAUCCAAAUGGUGGAUGGGGAGAUCAAUGGAAUCAAAUGAAAAUAGAUAAUAAAGGAAAUAAACAAGACUUUAAAAAUAAAAUAGAAUCAUUAGUUCAUCUUCUUAAAUGUAGUGGAAUUAUUGGUCAAAAAACUAAACAUAAAGAAAUUGGAGUAAAAGAAGGUACUCAACUCACUGUAAUUAAAAAAAUUGAAGAACAAAAAAAGAAACGUAGGACUUCAUUACCAAAUGCUUUACCAUUCAAAAUUAAUGCUACACCAUUCAUUCCAAAAAGAAAAAGAAUAGAAAGUACAAUAAAUAAAGAAGAUAAAAGUGAAGAAAAUACGAGUGAAUUAGUUUAUGCUUCUGAAAUUAUUGGAACUUCAGAUUUGUCUGAAAUAACAAAUGAACAAAAUGACAUAAUUUCUAUUGAAGAAGGAGAAGAACAUACUCAAAUUAAUGAUAAAAAAGAACAUAAUGAUAUAAACCAAAUUGAUAAUGAAAUUAAAAAAGAUGAAGAAGAAGAAGAAGAAAAACAUAUUAAACAAGAACAAGUUAUAAUUAAAUCAAAUUCAUUACAAUUUAAUGAUACUUCUUUUAGUCAAGACAUUGAAAAUAAACAAAGAGAAAUUACAUUAACAGAUGUAAAUAAUAAUCAUCAUAUUAAAAUAGAGAAAAAAAGAGGAGAAGGAGAAAAUGAAAAGAAAAAAGAACAACACCACAAAAAAUUAAAUAUUGAUUUAAGUAAACCAAAAGAAGUUAAAAAAAAGGAAAUUCUACCAUCUCUUUUAUGUGAAAAAGAAAACAAAAAGAAAAGAAUUAAAAGUACUACGGCAGAUAAAGUUGGAACGUAUCAUAAAAUAAAUAGAAAAGAUUCUCUCAAUGAAAUAACUCCAAAAAUUAAUCAACCAAGCAAAAUACCUAUUAUUGAAGAUUCAAAACAAAAUAAUUUACAACCAGAUGAUGUUCUUAUUAAAGAAGAAUUAAAAACAAAUAACACUCAAUUCCAAAGAAAAAAAAAUAAUAAAAAGAAUAAUAAGAAGAAUAAAAUUCUUAUCCAAGAAGAUACUAAUGAACAAAACACUAUUUCAAUACUUUUUUUAGAACAUCCAUUUGUUUCUAUAAUAUUACUUACUGUAACAUUGAUUCUUAUAGGACUUAUAAUGAUGUGGUGGAGUUCUGACUAUGACGAUGAAUCAUUCUAA